GUGUUAGGUUCCCCCCUCUUCCUCUCCUGCUCUGUCGCAGAUUUAGCUGGGGCUACAUGCAGCAUUUAUGUUGCGUCUCUGCUCUCUCCCUCCCCUGUUUGGAGCUGCUGUAGGUGGGCAGGAACGCUGGGUAGAGAGGAAGCUUUGGCAGCUUUCUCUCUGCAGGGCCCCCUCCUCCUCCCCUCUGCCUGCCUGCCUGUCCGGGCAUGGCUGGCAGACCCACAACGCCACUGUGUGUUUUGGGGUUUUCUGCUGCACUAUCGCAGAUCUGGACGGCUCAACCCAAAGGCAAACCGUCCCCCACGUCGGUUUAUAGAGGCCGGUGUACACUUCGGUUUCCGACGUUGGGUUCGCUGAGAUUCAGAGUCGGCAGCGUGUCUCUCCCUUGCGCCUAUUCUUGGUGGUAUGUCCUCAUGGUCUGUUGUGUUUGGAUACCCUGACAACUAGAAGCUGUGAGGUAGCUGUUCUCCAGCUUGCUGUGCUCUGUACUCUCUCUGAACCCCCAGUGACAUGAUGCCCAAGAGGGAUCAUGAGAGGGACCUGGAGCUGGACAAGAAAAUCCAGGCUCUACGCAGGAAGAACGAGGCCCUCAUGAGAAGGUACAAGGAGGUGGAGGAGGAUAAGAAAAUGGCAGAAGAGGAAGGAAUGGUUCUGCAGAGCCGCAAGGGCAAAGCUGAUGAUCUUACCAUCACAAUCAGCAAGUCCACCACUCAGGACAAUCGUGUGGUGGUGACAAAACAAUUCAGCGAUGGUUCGCCAGCUGGGAAAGAACCACAGGAGUCCGGGCCUGACAGGGAGGGAGAAUCCCCACCGCAGGCUGCUGGCCAAGGCCACAGGAAGCAGAUUAUGGUCACCAUGGCUGGCAAAAAAGGUAAGAGGGUGGUGAGCGAGAGGCCAGAGAAGAGGCCAGGCCCUGAGGACGUCAAGAGCCCCACAGAUGAUGGACAGGCGAGGCGCGUGGUAUCAGCGGGGAGGGGGAAGCAGCCACCUCACAUGACCAAGAGAGAGGCAGCAGCACAGGAUGAUGUUAAACAAUGGCUGAAGCACACUGAGGAGCAUCCCAGGCUUUCAGAGCAAUGCCAGGAGCCUGAGAGCCCACAGGUCUGCACAGAUCUCAAUAUCCCCACAUCGAAAGAGGAGCAGGAGGAGUAUCUGCAGUGGAAGAAAGAGCGUGAGCAGAUCGACAGGGAGAGAGUCGCACGCCACAAAAACGCCAAGGGCCAGUGGAGACGGGCGUGGGACAUGGACAAAACUGAGAACAUGUUUUCAGGCAAAACCCUUCCUGACAGGGACUGGGGGCCUUCAAGCAGAGGGGGACGAAAUGCUAGAAGAGGACAAUCAAGGGCAGGUGCUGACUCAAGAGGUCAUGAUAAGAGGGGCAAAGAUAAGGGAGCCAAGAAUGUGCCAGCGAUGAGCAGCAAAGCAAAAGGAAUCGAUCGUCUGACUGGGAGAGCCCGGAGAUGGCAGGGAAAUGAAGAAGAGAACUCACAGACUCCUGACACAACGUUAGAGGAAUUCCUGGAGGAGCUUGACACGCUAACAGAUGCCGAAGUAGAAGAUCAAAAGGAUCAGGAGUCAAAAUUGAAACUGUCCCUUAGCACAGAUUCAAUGAGUACAUCUGAGAAAGUGUCAGCUGCAAUCCUGAGAGAAGACACCCCCACUCAGGGGAAGGCAGAGGUGUCGUCCCCUCGGGGUUUGGAAAAGAAAGUGCGCUUUUCAGAGGAGCUCAUCCCGGCGGCUCAUACAAGGCAAUCAGGCUCUCAGGACUCUGUUGGCUCAGAAUCAAGAAGUCUGGGCUCUUUAAAAGCUUCCUCGCCUAAAAAACAGAAACAUAAAGUGCAAGGACCUCAGCAGCCUCUUGAAAGUGCCAAGCAGGAUGAUGGCAGUCCUCAGCAUCAGGAAGGUGGUCCGUCUUCUGUUCCCCAGCAGAACGCCCCUGAAACUAAAUGUACAAAAAGAGACACCACUCUCCCCACAGCUACCAGCGCCCCCUCCCCUGAAAAAUCGUGUGCCUCUUUACAGGAGAGCUGUGUCCAGCCUGUAGAGCUUGCCAAGGGCAACAUAAGCAACACAAACACAGAGGAACGUAUAGACUCCAGUCUAUCUGUCCUGAGCCUGGAGUCAGGAGAAACACACCCAACACACUCCACCAGCAGCGACAAGGCAAGAGAGCAUGGGAAGAUUGUUUGAUCGCUAUCUUUCGGUAUUUAAAUACUGAAACCAAAUCACCAGGAACACAGAGCGUUGCCUCUUUUUGUUUGGAUGCAUCAUUUUGCUUGAAACAGCUAUUUUAAGAACUCUUGGUUAUGGCUUACUCUUGAAACCAUGGUCUAGUUUUGCUUCGUAGGAGUUUUUAAAAACCUUCAAAAUUUGAUAUAGGAAUGGUGAACAUUUUCCCUACUUACAUUUUGAAGUCCGAGCACUUUAUUAGUAUAAGAGUAUGUGACACACUAUUAGAAUGAUGGUAUGCUACUUGAGUGCAAUAUCAUUGAAUGUUUACAUUUCAAGGUACAUAUCAGUUAGCUAGCGUCUUUGGUAGCCCUUGAAUUAAACUUCAGCCACAGUCUAAUGAUGAAGAAGCUGAUCUGCCUUAGAGGUAUUUGCAAAAUGAAAUGAAGUCUGUAUUUUAUGAUGAUACAUUAGUGACAGACCUACAACAGAGUCUGUAUUCUCUAAAGGUGAGUAGAUAUUAUUUGGGAGCUGCUUCCAGGAACAGUCGAAGGCCUUUCAAAAGUCAUAAAUCAAAACAUGAUUAUUAUGCACAUUUGAGACGUUUUGUACUUAUGCCCUAUGUGGAGGACUUUUUUUUUUUUUUUAAAGUUUUUCGUGUGGCAAAAAUGUAUUUGUUUGUAAAAACAUUUAAGCCAGAACAAAAAAAAUGUAUCAAAUGUUACUCAUACUGUUUUUGAACAACCUGUGUUUUAAGUUCAUAAUAGCCUCCAACCUUUUUCUCUGUUGAGGCUUUUGGCCCCUGUGGGGCCAACACACAUGGCAGGUUGAAAACAAGUCAUCCACAUCCAUGAGGCCAAGCCUUUAGUUCACAUUCAAAAC